AUGGGCCUAGAAAACAGCCAAUCAGAGCGAUUCAGAGCCACUCUCGAAAAUGUUCAACAAACACAACCCCAAAUUUUGGAACUCGAUCGGUUCCAACCACACCACAACGUUUUGUCGAGCGAUGCCUCGAUGGCCAUGCGCCUGGUUCGACCAAAUUACCGACUCUGCUUGUCAGCCCACCGAUUGACCUUGCGCCUAUUCACCACGAAGUCAUCUUCCUCCUUCACAUUCCAGAAUGCGAGUCCGACCCCCACCGAGCCGAAGAGAUUGCGAUGCACCGAGGUGGAUGAAAAUGGCGUCGUAACAGUGCGGUUCAUCUCUGCCAAAAAGACCGAGUUGACAACGCGUUACGGACUGGUUCCGCGCGACAUUCGCAAGAUUGAGGCGUCGACCCUCUCCCAUAUCGGCAUCCGACCGUCGACGGUGCUCCUGCACCUCUUCCACCUCAAGGUGCUGGUUCAGCGGGAUCGCGCCCUCGUUUUCGACGAUGCGACGAGUCCAGCGUCCCGCUCCGCUUUCCUGCGCGAAAUCCAAGAGGGAAUUCGACAGCGAGAUACCGCAGUAGCUAAAGCAGCAGCCGGACAACGGGAGGAUGAAAGCUACGGCCAACCGCAGCCCACUUUUGAAUUCCUUGCGUUGGAAGCUGUCCUUAGUUCUGUCGUAUCGGAACUAGAGGGCGAGCUCGAUGCCGUCCGGCGCCCCGUUGAGCGUGUUUUGAAGUCAUUGGAAGAUGACGUAGACCGCCGUGCGCUGCUGGCUCUCCUCAACAUCUCCGGCAGAGCCACCCGGCUUGCGGCGCAGGCGGAGCUCGUCCUGACAGCUGUUGAAGAUGUGCUUGAUUGGGACGACAGCCUUGCUGCUCUGUAUUUGAGUGCAAAGGCGGCGGAUAAGGACGGGCGAGGCAAGACGGCGGAUGACGACCUCACUGUGGCGGAAGCGCUGCUGGGGUCCUACUACGUUGCAUAUAACGAGAUUGUGCAGGAAACGCAAAGCUUAGUGUCCAGCAUCCGGAACACCCAAGAAAGCGCCAGUGCAAUUCUUGAUGCCAAUCGCAAUAGCCUAAUGUUAUUGGACCUGAAGUUCCGCAUGGGAACUCUAGGUCUUGCCACCGGCGCAUUCUUUUCCGCAUUUUACGGCAUGAAUAUCUCCAACUAUAUUCUGGAGUUUACCUGGGCUUUCCCAGGCGUCUGCGGAGUUUCGGCUAUUCUUGCUGUGGCCACUAGCUACUAUGGGCUCACCGUGCUGCGGAAGAUUAUGAGGGUAAAGAUGGAGGGCCAUAAGGAACCUCGAUCCCUCGGCUCCAGUCGAUGGAGCAGAACUCAGAAACGAUAA